UCUACUAAAAGGCGAUCCAAUUAGGCGUGGAAGUGAAGAUUUAAUUGUAACAGAAAUUUAAAGUAAAAUAAAAUAAAGUAAAAUGUAUUCAGUAUCAGCUGAAAACUCUGUUAACACAGUGUACAUUGGAAUUGAUGAACUGUGUUUUGAUAAAGACGAAAUAGACAGCAAAGACAGUUGUGCUAAAUUAGAAUUGAAAGAUAACAUUACAGCUUAUAUUGAGAAGAGAGAAUUGAUUAGAAAUACUGAACCUUUAGAAUGCGACAGUGCUUUAAUAGAAAAAGUUACAUCUAACUACAUUAUUGUCAAGACGAUAAUAAGUAACCUAUGUUGGCAAGAUAAACUUGUAUGUAAGCUUGUAAAUAGUACUUGGAGUUCAGCAGUGCAGGCAUUACAGAAGGAACAUUUGUGUCCGGAAGACUUUGUUGUUGACCUUUGCAGCCCAGCAAAGGGUGGUGGAGGUAAAGGAUGGAUCAAACAGUCGGGUACAUUCCGCACGGAGCCCCUAGUUAUCUUUACAUUUGCGAAUACAGCUGGUAUGUUUUUCUGCUGCAAAUGCAAGGUAUUUUCCCCUAGGCUAUGUGAAGAACCUUGUCAAAAGGAGCAUUGCUUGAUAGAUUUAAUAAAUCGUCAAGUUAAUGCUCCGAAGAAUUGCAUGCUAACAGCGACAGCUAACUAUUUAGUAUACAGGCCUCUACCAUUUACAAAUACUUAUGUACACUCAAUAACUCAUUAUACGGACACCUGGAACAAUCCAUUCCUAGCUGGUGUAUAUAUACCCAAGAUACCUAAUGUCGGAAUAAAAAUAAUAAACAUUAGAUCACAAGAUGGCUUAAAGGCAGAGUUUUAUGAUGUUGUUGAGAAGUUAUCUCAAGAUAAUAUAAUAAAAGGUGUUGUAGUGUACGUCACUGACAAAUACCUACUGAAUUCAAUUGAUGAUAUUGUGUUUUUGCAUUAUCUUAAAGAUGUGCAACCAAAUGUACCAUAUGCACUUGGAGGCUGUCUUGUUGAAGAUACAAUGUCUGACAGCAAAGAUAUUGACAACAUAAUUGACAAAUUAAAUGAAAACGCUGAUUUUAUAAGUGAAAAUUUACUUUCUAUGUGUUUAUUCACCGUACCAAAGAAUAUCACUGAUAAUGAAUAUAACUUUGAAAUGUACUCCUUUGUCAUCAAUUCGUCUGAAUGGAAAAAACCAUUUAUACAACAAGCCAUAACAGAGUUUUCUAAUAAAGUACCCCGGUUCGAGCACAGCAUCGCAUUAAAACUGUCAUGUGUUGGUCGCGAUCAGAAGCACGUUAUUGAGCAGGAUUGCUUUCGUGAUGCUUUCCCGGAUACACCAAUAGCCGGUUGCUAUGGUAACGGUGAACUGGGCAUCAAUCAUCCAACCAGAGUUAAAGCGGAGCCAUCCUCUCCUGCUGCCAAGAGACAUAAAGAUCACUCGGAACCUCAUCAUGGACUCAUGUAUUCAUAUUCAACAGUUUUUGUUUAUAUCGGUUGGGGUAAAAUGACCUCACCCAAAGGACCUCUACGUACUUCUACAGUUUAACCACCAGUUUUGUUGAAUCUUUUUCAAACAAUUGAACCAAAUAGUGUAUUCACCAGACUCCAUGUGAAUGCACCAUUAUAUGUAAGUUGUACUAAAAUUUAAAAAGAUAGCUCCAGCAAUGGUACCGAUAUGUCCAUGUGAAUGGACCUUUAGAUUAAGUGCAUUUUAAAUGUAAACCAGGAUUAAAUGCGGUGAACUCUGAGACCUACAAAAGUUUCAAUUCCUUUUAAAAUUAAAAAAUACUCAUAGUUCUACACAUUUGUAAUUAUAGUUGUCUUUAAAAGUUAGUAAAGAAUGUAAUCCAUCUAUUUAAUUAUUUAAAAUGGAGUGUCUUUAUAUAAUACCGAAAAAAAAAUUGCG